AUGUAUUCUAUCCUCUCGUUCUCAUGUCCUCCAGGUCUGCCAGCAGAUACUCUGCAGGGCCACAGGGAUCGCUUCCAGGAGCAGUUUAAGAAGCUGAAGAGUCUGUUCUAUCGCUCCAGUAACCUGCAGUAUUUCAAGAGACUGAUUCAGAUCCCACAGCUUCCUGAGAAUCCGCCAAACUUCCUGCGGGCGUCAGCCCUCUCCGAGCACAUCAGUCCAGUGGUGGUGAUUCCGGUGGAGUCUUCGUCCCCUGAGAGUGAACAUGUAGUAGAGACAGAAGACCUGGUGGACACGGACAUCCCACCUUUACCGAGUACUGUAGACCGAAAAUUCGACGACCUCUUCGGCACCUCGGCCGCUACAGACCCAUUCAACUUCAACAGUCAGAACGGCAUGCGCAAAGAUGAGAAAGACCGUUUGAUUGAGCAGCUCACAGCGGAGCUACAGGCCUUGAAAGAGGAGCUGGAGUCCUUCAGAUUGGAGAGUGGCCGUCUUUGUCAAGCUCUACGGGGGCGUGUAAACGAGCUGGAGGCGGAGCUUGCGGAGCAGACUCACCUGAAGCAGCAGGCGUUGGGUGAGAGCGAGUUCCUGAGGGUGGAGCUAGACGACCUGCGCAGGGUCAAAGAAGACACCGAGAAAGAGCAGCGCAGCCUGAGCGAAAUCGAGAGAAAAGCACAAGCUAAUGAGCAACGCUACACCAAGUUAAAGGAGAAAUACACAGAGCUGGUCCAGAGCCACGCUGACCUGCUGAGGAAGAAUGCCGAGGUGACGCGUCAGAUGACGGUGGCCCGUGCCGCCCAGGACGAGGUGGAGAAUGUGAAAAAAGAGAUGCAGGACAGAUUGAAAGCCGCUCGGGAUGCUACCAGUCAGCAGGAGAAGGCUCAGUUAGAGCAGCUUCAAGCUCUACAAGCCGAGCUCAUGUCCAGCAGAUCUGAACUAGAGACCCUGAAGAGUACCGUCACCUCCUCCCAACAGUCGAACGAGCAGCUCGGUACUCAGCUGUCUGCUCUAGAGAGUGAGAAGGCGGGGCUUAUGGAGACGGUAUCUCAGAAGGAGGCGGAGCUGGCCAGUUUGGGGGUGGAGUUAGAGCGUGUGCAGAGCAGUCUGACCAAUGAGAGGGAGAGUGGUGUGAAAGCUGCUGAGGCCCUGCAGAACCAACUCAAUGAGAAGGAGAGUCGUGAGCAGUCUCUGGAGAGUGAGUUGGUCUCUCUGCGCUGGGCGGCUCUGCGAGCAGCUCUGGAGGAGGCGGGAAGGAUCGUACAGGACUGCCUGAAUCAGCUAGAGGACCCCGCACACAUAAGCUGCACCAGUUCAGCCGAUUACCUGGUGUCCAGGUGCCAGGUGGCUCUGGACUGCGUGGAGAGGCUGCAGUCGGCCACAGUCGGCUUUAUAUCAGAUAACACAGAUGUGUCUGGACUGGUGCGGGCGGUGACUCAGUUUGCUCACCUGCUGGGCGAUGUCAUCGUGCAGGGCAGCGCCACCUCCCACAUGGUGCCGGUGGAGCAAGCUGACGCAUUGGCAGACAACGUGAAGGCGUGUGGCGCGGAGGCCUUGGCGUUGCUCUGCCAGCUCAAGGAGCAGAAGUCUAUGGGGACGGCAGACUGCAGCCGGCUGAGGGCGGCACUAGAUAACGUGAUGGCCUUGGGCGAGAAGUUGCGUCCUCGGGGCCUGGAGCUGCAGCAAGGAGAGCUGGGAGAUCUGGUGGAGCAGGAGAUGGCAGCCACAUCGGCAGCUGUGGAGUCAGCUGCCGCCAGGAUUGAGGAAAUGCUCAAUAAGUCCAGGGCGGUUGACACUGGAAUCAAAAUGGAAGUCAAUGAAAGGAUCUUGGCGUCCUGUACAGAUCUCAUGCAGGCCAUCAAAGUGCUGGUGCUGUCCUCCAAAGACCUGCAGAGGGACAUCGUGGAGAGCGGCAGGGGGGCCGCAUCUAUGAAGGAGUUCUACGCUAAGAAUUCCCGAUGGACAGAAGGUCUCAUUUCCGCCUCCAAGGCUGUGGGUUGGGGCGCAACCAUGUUGGUUGAUGCAGCUGAUCAGGUGGUGCAAGGCACGGGCAAGUUUGAGGAGCUGAUGGUGUGUUCACAUGAGAUCGCCGCCAGCACGGCUCAGCUGGUCGCAGCAUCUAAGGUAAAAGCAGACAAGGACAGUCCAAACCUUUCCCGUCUUCGGCAGGCCUCCAAAGGGGUCACCCAGGCCACCGCGGGAGUCGUGGCAUCAACCAAGUCUGGCAAGUCUCAGAUCGAGGACACAGAAACUAUGGACUUUUCCGCAAUGACACUCACUCAGAUCAAGAGGCAAGAGAUGGACGCACAGGUGCUGGUGCUGGAGCUGGAGACCCGACUGCAGAAAGAGAGGGAGCGUCUGGGUGAACUGAGGAAGAAGCAUUACGAGCUCGCUGGCGUCGCAGAGGGCUGGGGAGGGGAGGAAGAGGGAACGGGUUGAGACUCAUCGUGUUCUGUGCAGCAGCCUUACAGACGGGGUGCUUGACAUCUUUAUAUACACACUAUCUUUCCCUUCUCACUUUUUUAUUGUACUUUUUAACUCUUUUGAUUUCUUUAUGUACAUUAAAGCCAAAUAAAAGGUGCUUUUUUUCUAACUUGCUCCCUCCCCGGCCUGUGGAGGCUGGAGACUUGAGGAGUGUAAUGGUAUUGUGCGACGAAUGGGGAGGGAGAGGAAGGAAGGAAGUGGAUGGGACACAGAGGGAAGUGCAGGCUCGCUGAACUGUCUGAGUAAUUCAUGUCCUCUUCCUCCUCAUACGGAAUGGAGAAUCUUUCCCAUCCCCGACCAUUUAGAACAAUCCCGUCUCUCCGUGAAACAUCCCAUGAUGCAUUGCACAAGGGUGAGUCGCCCCAUUUUGCAGGAUAUGACACUGUGCUGUGAUUCUUCCGGACUCAACUUUUACAAACCGCAGCAGUGUGUGACUUCCACCUCUCAAACACAUUCCUUAAUGUCGCGUAGGAUUGCCCUCGUAUGGGUCCGUCCUUCUCUAGUCCCCUAGCAGUGGUCACUGGACUAAAAAGAGUGCUUUGGACAUAAUAGCUGAUGACCUACUGUGGACUAACACCUGAAAACACUAGCAAACUCAAUCGAGACUCACUUUUUUUGUAUUUAGUUUUUUUUUUUUAUGUUAAGCUUUACUUCGAUUAUGUUCCCGAGGCAUUCACUUUAUAAGAAACCCUAAAUAGAUUUAAUCCACUGGCUUUUUACUGUUCCACCAUGUUGACUUAUAGGGACAAACUGCUAAAUAGCUCAUCUAACGUAUGAUAUUUCAACAAAACUGUGUCCUGAUGCGUUUCACCAGUUUCAAGUCCAUGACUGAAUAUAUGAACUGACUUGUUUUUGUGAGACCUCACGUCGGGCUGGAGCUCAUUGUUUUUGUUUUAAUAGCUCUAUUUAGGUCUUAGUUAGUUCAGCACAAAUAGAUAUGGCACCAUAUUGUAUUAGUAAUGGUCC